CAGUCGCCUGGGCGCACACGUGCCGCCUCGGCCGGGGGCGCGGAGCUGCGGGGGAGAUGCGGGCCGCUGCGGGCGCCGCCUCGGGGGCCGCCGCCUCGCCCCAGCCCCCGGAGCUCUGACGCCGCCCCCGCCCCGCCGCCUGGCUCCCCGGGAGGGGCGCAGACCCGCGCGCCCCCAGCCCCGAGCCUGCGCCGCCGCUGACUUUGGGGGCGGCGGUGUGAUCCGCCUUUUUUUUUUUCCCCUCUCUCUCUCUUUUUUUUUUUAAAUAACAUUUUUGAUCGGUGGCGACGGGGCUGAGCCGGGGCCGGGAACGGACACGGAGGCCGCCCUCGCUCCAAUCCCAGCCCGCCACUCGCCCCCCCCGCAACCCCCCCAGCCCGCCCCGGCUCCGGGAGAUGUGCCGGGCGGGGGGCCCGGGGUCGCGGAGCCGCAGAAGAGACGCGCGGGGCCGAUCUGGGAGCAGCGCCGGACAGGCUGGUGGGCCAGGCCGUGGUGGCCGCCUGGUGAUGUGGGGCGAGGCCCCUGGCGCAGGCCACUGAGAGCCCCGGACGCGCCCCCGGCCGCCGCCAUGGCCCGCCUGGCCGCCGUGCUCUGGAGUCUGUGUGUCACCGCCGUACUGGUCACCUCGGCCACCCAAGGCCUGAGCCGGGCGGGGCUCCCCUUCGGGCUGAUGCGCCGGGAGCUGGCGUGCGAGGGGUACCCCAUCGAGCUGCGCUGCCCGGGCAGCGACGUCAUCAUGGUGGAGAACGCCAACUACGGGCGCACGGACGACAAGAUCUGCGACGCUGACCCCUUCCAGAUGGAGAACGUGCAGUGCUACCUGCCUGACGCGUUCAAGAUCAUGUCGCAGAGGUGUAACAACAGGACGCAGUGCGUGGUGGUCGCCGGCUCCGACGCCUUCCCCGACCCCUGCCCCGGGACCUACAAGUAUCUGGAGGUGCAGUACGACUGUGUCCCCUACAUAGAAGUGGAGCAGAAAGUCUUUGUGUGCCCGGGGACCCUGCAGAAGGUGCUGGAGCCCACGUCGACGCAUGAGUCAGAGCACCAGUCGGGCGCGUGGUGCAAGGACCCGCUGCAGGCGGGCGACCGCAUCUAUGUCAUGCCCUGGAUCCCCUACCGCACCGACACGCUCACCGAGUACGCCUCGUGGGAGGACUACGUGGCCGCGCGCCACACCACCACCUACCGCCUGCCCAACCGCGUGGACGGCACGGGCUUUGUGGUCUACGACGGCGCCGUCUUCUACAACAAGGAGCGCACGCGCAACAUCGUCAAGUACGACCUGCGCACGCGCAUCAAGAGCGGGGAGACGGUGAUCAACACGGCCAACUACCACGACACGUCGCCCUACCGCUGGGGCGGCAAGACCGACAUUGACCUGGCCGUGGACGAGAACGGGCUGUGGGUAAUCUACGCCACCGAGGGCAACAGCGGACGGCUGGUGGUGAGCCAGCUCAACCCCUACACGCUGCGCUUCGAGGGCACGUGGGAGACCGGCUACGACAAGCGCUCGGCCUCCAACGCCUUCAUGGUGUGCGGCGUGCUCUACGUGUUGCGCUCCGUUUACGUGGACGAUGACAGCGAGGCGGCCGGCAACCGCGUGGACUACGCCUUCAACACCAACGCCAACCGCGAGGAGCCCGUCAGCCUGGCCUUCCCCAACCCCUACCAGUUCGUGUCCUCCGUGGACUACAACCCGCGUGACAACCAGCUCUACGUGUGGAACAACUACUUCGUGGUGCGCUACAGCCUGGAGUUUGGGCCGCCCGACCCCAGCGCUGGCCCAGCCACCUCCCCGCCGCUCAGCACCACCACCACGGCCCGCCCCACGCCCCUCACCAGCACGGCCUCGCCCGCUGCCACCACCCCACUCCGCCGGGCUCCCCUCACCACGCACCCGGUGGGAGCCAUCAACCAGCUGGGACCUGACCUGCCCCCAGCCACGGCCCCAGCUCCCAGCACCCGGCGGCCCCCAGCCCCCAAUCUGCACGUGUCCCCUGAGCUCUUCUGCGAACCCAGAGAGGUGCGGCGGGUCCAGUGGCCAGCCACCCAGCAGGGCAUGCUGGUAGAGAGGCCCUGCCCCAAGGGCACUCGAGGAAUUGCCUCCUUCCAGUGUCUGCCUGCCCUGGGGCUCUGGAACCCCCGGGGCCCCGACCUCAGCAACUGCACCUCCCCCUGGGUCAACCAGGUGGCCCAGAAGAUCAAGAGCGGAGAGAACGCGGCCAACAUCGCCAGCGAACUGGCCCGCCACACCCGGGGCUCCAUCUACGCAGGGGACGUCUCGUCCUCCGUGAGGCUCAUGGAACAGUUGCUGGACAUCCUGGACGCGCAGCUGCAGGCCCUGCGGCCCAUCGAGCGCGAGUCGGCGGGCAAGAACUACAACAAGAUGCACAAGCGAGAGAGAACCUGCAAGGAUUACAUCAAGGCUGUGGUGGAGACGGUGGACAACCUGCUGCGGCCCGAGGCCCUGGAGUCCUGGAAGGACAUGAACACCACGGAGCAGGUGCACACGGCCACCAUGCUCCUGGACGUCCUGGAAGAGGGGGCCUUCCUGCUGGCUGACAACGUGCGGGAGCCCGCACGCUUCCUGGCCGCCAAGCAGAAUGUGGUCCUGGAGGUCACCGUCCUGAACACGGAAGGUCAAGUGCAGGAGCUGGUGUUCCCCCAGGAGUACCCGAGCGAGAACUCCAUCCAGCUGUCUGCCAACACCAUCAAGCAGAACAGCCGCAACGGAGUGGUCAAGGUUGUCUUCAUUCUCUACAACAACCUGGGCCUCUUCCUGUCCACGGAGAACGCCACGGUGAAGCUGGCGGGCGAGGCGGGCGCGGGCGGCCCCGGGGGCGCCUCCCUGGUGGUGAACUCGCAGGUCAUCGCGGCGUCCAUCAACAAGGAGUCCAGCCGCGUCUUCCUCAUGGACCCUGUCAUCUUCACCGUGGCCCACCUGGAGGCCAAGAACCAUUUCAACGCCAACUGCUCCUUUUGGAACUACUCGGAGCGAUCCAUGCUGGGCUACUGGUCGACCCAGGGCUGCCGCCUGGUGGAGUCCAACAAGACCCACACCACGUGUGCCUGCAGCCACCUCACCAACUUCGCGGUGCUCAUGGCUCACCGCGAGAUCUACCAGGGCCGCAUCAACGAGCUGCUGCUGUCGGUCAUCACGUGGGUGGGCAUCGUGAUCUCGCUGGUGUGCCUGGCCAUCUGCAUCUCCACCUUCUGCUUCCUUCGGGGGCUGCAGACCGACCGCAACACCAUCCACAAGAACCUCUGCAUUAACCUCUUCCUGGCCGAGCUGCUCUUCCUGGUCGGGAUAGACAAGACGCAGUACGAGAUCGCCUGCCCCAUCUUUGCUGGCCUGCUGCACUACUUCUUCCUGGCUGCCUUCUCCUGGCUGUGCCUGGAGGGCGUGCACCUGUACCUGCUGCUGGUGGAGGUGUUCGAGAGCGAGUACUCCCGCACCAAGUACUACUACGUGGGCGGCUACUGCUUCCCGGCCCUGGUGGUGGGCAUCGCGGCCGCCAUCGACUACCGCAGCUACGGCACCGAGAAGGCCUGCUGGCUCCGGGUGGACAACUACUUCAUCUGGAGUUUCAUCGGGCCUGUCUCGUUUGUGAUCGUGGUGAACCUGGUGUUUCUCAUGGUGACCCUGCACAAGAUGAUCCGGAGUUCCUCUGUCCUCAAGCCCGACUCCAGUCGCCUCGACAACAUCAAGUCCUGGGCCCUGGGGGCCAUCGCGCUGCUCUUCCUGCUGGGGCUCACCUGGGCGUUCGGGCUCCUCUUCAUCAACAAGGAGUCGGUGGUCAUGGCCUAUCUCUUCACCACCUUCAAUGCCUUCCAGGGCGUCUUCAUCUUCGUAUUUCACUGCGCCUUACAGAAAAAGGUGCACAAGGAGUACAGCAAGUGCCUGCGUCACUCCUACUGUUGCAUCCGCGCCCCGCCUGGGGGCACCCACGGCUCCCUCAAGACCUCAGCCAUGCGAAGCAACACCCGCUACUACACAGGGACGCAGAGCCGGAUCCGGAGGAUGUGGAACGACACGGUGAGGAAACAGACCGAGUCGUCCUUCAUGGCCGGCGACAUCAACAGCACCCCCACCCUGAACCGCGGUACCAUGGGGAACCACCUGCUGACCAACCCCGUGCUGCAGCCCCGUGGGGGCACCAGCCCCUACAACACCCUCAUCGCCGAGUCGGUGGGCUUCAAUCCCUCCUCGCCUCCGGUCUUCAACUCCCCAGGGAGCUACCGGGAACCCAAGCACCCCCUGGGCGGUCGGGACGCGUGUGGCAUGGACACCCUGCCCCUUAAUGGCAACUUCAACAACAGCUACUCCUUGCGAAGCGGGGACUUCCCUCCGGGGGACGGGGGCCGGAGCCUGGCUGACGCGGCGGCCUUCGAGAAGAUGAUCAUCUCGGAGCUGGUGCACAGCAACCUGCGGGGCGGCAGCAGCGGGGCCAAGGGGCCCCCCCCGCCGCCCGAGCCCCCCGUGCCGCCAGUGCCGGGGGGCACCAGUGAGGAGGAGGCAGGCGGGCCCGGGGGUGCUGACCGGGCCGAGAUCGAACUUCUCUACAAGGCCCUGGAGGAGCCGCUGCUGCUGCCCAGGGCCCAGUCGGUGCUGUACCAGAGCGACCUGGACGAGUCGGAGAGCUGUACGGCGGAGGACGGCGCCACCAGCAGGCCCCUCUCCUCCCCGCCGGGCCGGGACUCCCUCUAUGCCAGCGGGGCCAACCUGCGGGACUCGCCCUCCUACCCGGACAGCAGCCCUGAGGGGCCCAGCGAGGCCCUGCCCCCACCCCCGCCCGCGCCCCCCGGGCCCCCCGAAAUCUACUACACCUCGCGCCCGCCGGCCCUGGUGGCCCGGAACCCCCUGCAGGGCUACUACCAGGUGCGGAGGCCCAGCCACGAGGGCUACCUGGCAGCCCCGGGCCUGGAGGGGCCAGGGCCCGACGGGGACGGGCAGAUGCAGUUGGUCACCAGUCUCUGAGGGGACCUCACGGACCAGGGGCUGGUGGCCCAGGCCGGGGAGGGAGCCCUGGGCCGAGCUCUGGUGGGAGAGGGAGACCGAGGGAGGCAGUGGCUGGUGGGCCACUCUCUCCCAGCGCCCCUCGGCCACGGGCCCUGCGGUCCCCUUGGGGCGCCCGAGGGGCCAGGGCUCACAGACAGGGUUUCCCACCAGCCACAUGCACCAGCUGUACUCGGGGGAUGUGCAGUGAGGAGGAGCCCGGAGGUCCCCGGGGGCGUGAGGAGGGAGACAUCGCAAGGGUGCCCGCCCGUCUCUUGCCUCCCCCCUCGCCCCCUCCUCUUCCUGCCCCACCACCCCAGGAGGGAAAUGAAGGCUCCGGUGGGGAGGUGCAGCCUCCCAGGGUGGUGCCACGGCCCCCCCGUCAGCCACGCCUGGAGGGAGCAGCGGGGCAGGACGGACGGACGGACAGGUUCCUCCUACACCACCGUCCCCUGCUCCCUGGAGACCAGGAGAAGGCCCAGGGCGAGGGGGACGGGUGGUGGCGGCCGGUGGUGGUGGUGGCGGCAGCUAUCGGUUUCCAGGGCGAACCUGCCCCGAAGCUCCUCCCCCUCGCCAGGCAGCCCUCCCAGAAUGCACCCAAUGACCCCCUCCCUUGGGACGACUCCUGAUGAAGCACAAGUCCCCGCAGGGCCCCUCAGCCCACAGGGGUGGCCAUAUCUGGGCGGUUCCCAGUCCUGUGGGCUCAGCGAUCUGGGGAGACCUGGGGUCCGGAUCUCCCCGGGGAGCGGGUCCUGGGCUUGGAUCUCCCCCUAGGGGGGCCCUCGUAACCCCUUCCUCUCUCCUCCUCCUCUCCUAUUGCUGUAAAUAUUUCAACGAAAUGGAAAAGGAAAAAAAAAAAGACAAAAAAAAGAAAAUCUCAUCACUUGAAGCCACCGGGAGCCUGCGGCCCGGGCCAGCCCCGGCCUUGCGGAGCGGAGCGCGCCGCCCGGCCCCGGCAGCCAGGACUUCUGUGUGUACGUGUGCAUCCCGGCCGGGGCGGGCGGGCCUCCAGAGCAGCUUUUUACAAUCCAGAGACAGACGCCACGAUCUCGAAGCAACAGCGAAACAAAGAACCUGUUUCCUUCCCGCCCGCCGCGUGUCAUCGCCUCUCCUGCCCGCCCCUGGCAUCCGUCCGUCAGCCCUCCUGGGGCGUGUACCUCACUGCCUGCCCCAGGACCAGAGGCCUGUCUGCCCCUCCCCUCCCCACUGGCCCAGGGGAGACACCCUCACGCCCAAAGAUGCUUUCUGCCGAGAUGGCUGCGCUACCCCUUUUGCGUUCCUGCUUCUUGUACUUUGCUCCUGGGGGGCGGGGGAGGGGUCGGAGGGGGCCCGAGGGUCAGGGGGCGCUGGGCGUGGCUGGGCGAGAGGGGAGCAGCGGCGCCCACCUGCCCACAGCCCUUCAUCCGCGAAGCCAGGCGCCAGCACGCCCACGCCCCCAGUCUCCAGAGUACCUCUCGGCCCCCUCCCCCCCAACCCUUGGGGUAGCGUCGCGGUCGCCACACCUGCCAGCCCUCUCCACCUCGGCUCCGACCCCUCCCUGUCUCUUGCCCCUCCCUCUUUUCUCACAAGUGCCAUGAGUUUUCAAACACAUCUCCGGGUCUCAGCCUGCUGCUGCCAUGAACUUUGGGUGAAGGGGGUGGGGCUCUAGGAAGAAACUGGGGGAAAGGGACAGGUAGGUGGCUGGAGGGACCCUUUUUGCUGCUAGAAAGCCCCCUCCUUUCUCCCGGGGAAGCUGGGGCGGGCUUGUCCCCAUCACCCAGGGGAGAAGGGGUCAGACCAAAGACGGUGGUUUGUCCCAAGGAGAAGGCAGGGUGGAGUUCAUCUGGGGCUUUUUCUGGUAGGAAGGCUUAACCCAUUUCACCGGAAGACCAAGGGCAAGGUCUAGAUGGGGAGGAGGACGGAAGGGGUGGGGCAGGCGGCAGCUCCCAGACCCUGCUGGGCCUCUAGCUCCACUGUGUGGAGGGGGCGGCUAGGGCCCCCCCCCCAGAGAGGCAGAAACGGGGCGGAUGGGGAGUGGGCCCAGCGUGGGAGCAGGCUGGACAGCAGGGGGCUGGGGGUACAGAGUCAUCCUCUCCUUUGCCGGCCCUCCUCUCUCCAUACAUGGACAAUCAGGGGAAGAGGGUGUAGUGGGGGCCCUUGGCUCCCGUUCCAGCCGGGUUCUGAGGCCCCCUGGUGGGGCUGGGUGCUGCUGCCGUCUGGGGCAGAGCCACCCCUGCGAGCCCAGGUAUCCCCCUCCCCAGCCCCGACCCCCACCAGACCUGGUGCCUUGACGCCCCCGCCCCAGCCGGGAUGAUAACAGAGAAGGGUCAUGGUUGCCUCUCCUCCCUUCCUUGGGCUCCUAAAUUCAUUUGCUCCUAAAUCUCAAUUCUUUCUCUCUGGGUUUUCUCCUUCUGUUGGUUCCCCCCUGCCUUCUCCUCCUAACGUCUCCGCCUCUCUCCCAGUGUCUCUCAUUCCAAUUUUUGUCCAUUCGGGCCUCCCCCACCCCUCCCCGCUCCCUCCCUCCCUUGGUCUCCUUUUCGAUAUGCCAAACCAAUUUUGGGUCGAGUGCAUUUAACGAGAACAAAACAAAAAGGCUCAUAACAACAAGAACGUUUCAGAAAAAAACAAAAACUUUAAAAAAAAUUGUUGAGUCAAAAAGUCAAACAAUAAAGAAAUUAAGAUUUCUUGGAA